AGUAACUCGCGCGGCUAUAUUUGUAAAAACAGCUGGCAAUACGGAAAUGUGAAAACUAUACGACCAUUCUAAUUCUGCCAGAAAUCCUGAAAUACUGACACAUUUUACAGCGGAGCUUUCUCUCAAAUUUCUGAAACCCGAGGACAUUUUCUUACAAUAAAAAAAUGGUGCAGACGUUUUUAAACCAAUGGAAAAAUUAGCGAGAUAAGUGAUAAUGAUAACAAACAAUUAGAUAUAAGAACUGCAAUUUCAUCGUUAAUGGAAUCUUUUCAAUUAAAACUAGAGUAACUAAAUGGCACAGCUUGUAAUCACAUAAUAUCACGAAACUUGUUUUAACAAAUUGAAUUGUAUUGUACGGUUGAUAAACGUUAAUUUGAAAAAAACUGACACGAUCGCAUGUGAAUUUUUCUGCAACUCAUUGGAUGAUAUCAUCCUUAAAUAAAAAUAAACAGUGUGAAUAGUGGGCAAGAUUAGUUGUGAAGAAUAUAAAGAUUUCAGCAAUGAGACACGUACGACUUACUGGUCAAAACAUAAAAAAACUAGCAUCAUUUAAAAACCAGAUCGGCGGCAUUUUAAGAGAACUGAACAAAUUUGACAAAAACGAGAAAACCGAGGCUGUGUCUUACAUCCAAAGUUAUAUUGACAAUGACUCGAAUGCUGGUUGUUCAACUGUUGAAAGUGAUUCGUCUAAACAAAUUGCAAGAAAAAAGAAAGUUUCAGAGAAAGUUGAUAAGUACAAGGUACAAAAAAAGAAAUAUAGGAUGAGAUUUUCUACAAAUAGGAAAUUAAGAUACUCAGACGGUGGUGUUUCUGUGAGGAAAAUUGUUUUUAAGUGUAAAGUGUGUGAUGGCAGUGAGAAAACGAGGAAGCUUAUGUUGAAGCAUUUGCAAACUCAUGUGGGGACUCCUAGAUCAUGUAUUAAAUGCAAGAGGACUUUCAAUGGGAGUGUACCUUUUAAGUGGCAUGUUAAUUAUUAUUGUAAACCAAUUUUUUAUGGCAAGUGGAAAUACAAAUGUAAUUUGUGUCCAAGGGAAUUUAUUUCAAAAAGAACUCUGGAGAGUCACAUACAAGGGCAUAAGAGGAAUAGUUGUGCCUACUGUGAUAAAAUAUUAACACGAAGGGUGCAAUUGGUUAGACAUUUGUUAGAAGAACAUUCAAUUAAACUUGAAAGGGAUACUUAUAAAUGUGAUUACUGCGAAAAAAGGUACAUAAAAAAAUGUUCUUUAUAUUACCAUUUAAGGCAGCAUCUGCCUGAUAAAUAUGUUUGUUUAGAAUGUGGUAAAGUAAAUAACAAUACUGAGGAGUUUGAGGAACACAAGAAACAACAUGAUCUUCACAAGCACUUUACUUGUUCAAAAUGUGGAGAUAAGUUUUCACGGAGGCAGCAGUAUUUGUAUCAUUUGAAGAGACACAACCAAUAUAAAUGCAUCACCUGCAACGAAUGCUACGCGUCCAGACUUAAAGCCAUCAAACACAAACAACAAGGUCACCAAGUAGAAGGCCUAAACCCUCGCUUCAUAUGCCCCCACUGCCCUAUAGCCUUCCACAGAGAAAGUCGCUUCCACAUCCACAUGAGAAAACACACAGAAGAAAACAGAACCGUAAAUUGCAAAUACUGCAAGAAAACUUUCAACUCUCCUUACGCCUACUACAAGCACUGCAUCACCAUCAACCACGAGAAAUUCAGCCCAGAAAUCAACGAUAUUGCUUGCAACAAGUGCGGCAAACACUUUGCCAAACGCUACGACUUGCGACAGCACAUGUAUCGCGUCCACAAUAUAUCGAAACAAUUUGUUUCUUGCCAGCACUGCGAUUAUAAAACUGUGCAUAAGUGUAACAUGGAUCGACACGUAGCUCUGCAUUUUCGUAAGGAAAAUCAAUACACGUGUGAGUAUUGCGGAAAGAGUUGCGAUAGUAUUGCGAGUUUGAACGACCACAUCACAUAUAACCACAUACAGACCAAACAAUUCAAGUGCGAUAAAUGUGAUAAAGCGUUUAAAAGAAAUUCUGAGUUGGUGAGACACCAGGAUAGCCACUCUGAUGAAAGACCUCACGUUUGUACUUUAUGCGGUAAGAGCUACAAGAGGCUGAACCAUUUGAAACGACACGAACAGCAAGCACACCAGAUUGUUAAGGAAACACGAAGAAUUAAGAAAGUGGUGACGGAACCGGAAAGCUCGACUUCUGAAAGUGGUGUAGAUCAGGUCUCAAACACUAAAGUUGUAUUGUUGCAGCCGCAUGAGCAAAUGUUAAACUUUUCGGGAGUUCUUGAGAUAAAUGGAAGUGAGGCUAUUAGUGAACAUUUUGGUUAUUUUUUGGCGGAUAGGGGUUGGAAUCUUGAUAAUGAGGAUUUGAAUAAGGUUUACAGCGAUGUUUCUUUAAAUUACGGUAAUCACAAUCUGUGUGGAAGUGAAGGUCAAGAAGACGGAAUGACAAACAUUAUAAACAAUGGAAAUAUUGCAGGACAAUGAUGAUGGUGUGUUUGUUAGGUCAAAUGAACGAUAUACAGGGUGUUUUGAUAGAAAUGAAAUAGGUUAUAUAAAAAUGUAGUUGUAUUUUUUUUGUUAUUAUUAUGUUACAAGACGAAUGUAUUUUAAGUCAAGUUUUUUUUAUUAAACAUGUUCUUGUAUUUAUUAUUGAAAAUAAGUUUAGUUUUUAAGCUUUUUCAAUUAAUUAUAUAAUUUAGUCUGCGUAUUUUAUACGUUUGUAAUAAUGGUGAAAAGAAAAAAAUACGCAACUAUUCCACUAUGUCGGCAAAAUUGUAGUGGUUAUGUUAAGUUUUUGACAGUGUCAAGGUUGUUAUUAUUAUUUUUUAGUAGAGAAUGAACGACAAUACUUUUCUAAUGUCUGACUUAAUUUUAUCAAAGACAGUGAACAAUAAAUCUUUGAGGAUCAA